AAUUCCUACUCACUUCUCGAAGAGUCCGGCCCAGCAUGAUCUCCGUGCUCGGCCUUGAAGCCGCAGAGACCAGGUGACGAAAAGGAAGCAGAAAGGUCAUCAGAUGCUACCGGUAGUACAUGGGCGCAGCCAUCUUGGAUCGUCACGCCACCUUUCAGCACCGAGUCUUUCGAUUGGUCAAAUUUCGGUCGGAGGAAAGGAUACUUGCACGCGAUUGGCCAGCGGCUUUCUGCAACUCCCGCGACGGAGGCCAGAGGCUUGCGAGGAGGGUACAGGCUGGGGUCCUGGCGGGAGUCCCGGAGCUUCUGGUUGUUUGGGGCGUUGGGUUCGCGAGCGAAGUUGGCUUGCGGGACAGAGGGCUGUGGAGAUUGUGCAGGGAGUUUUAGGGUUUUUGCAUUUUUUUUUAAAGGGGAGAAAGUGUAAAAGGAGGAGAAUGGACAGAUGAGUUGUUACACUGUUAAUUGGGGCAUUUCUGAUGCAAAGAGCAGAAUAAUGACAUUUUCUUAUCCCAGCACAUGCUCCAUUGGGUUAAUCUUGUUGAAUCCUCAGCUUUGAAGUCGGGUAGUUGGGUUUGUAGAAUUUGGCACCCAAAUUCGUGGAGGAGGGGGGAGGGUUUACUUCAGUCCAAGGGCAUCUUAAAUAAGAACACGCAGUUCAAUCACGGCCUAAGAUGGAACUUCUGAAGACCUGCGUGCUUAAAAGAAAUGCACGCACUCUGUCUUGCUUCUGGAGAAGUCAUGUCAUACGAAAGCCUUCCGUUAGGAAGAUUAGUACAACCUCCCCAAGGAGCACUGUCAUGCCCGCUUGGGUGAUCGAUAAAUAUGGGAAGAAUGAAGUACUUCGAUUUACGGAGAACAUGAUGAUACCUUUCAUACACUAUCCAAAUGAAGUCAUUAUCAAAGUUCACGCUGCAAGUGUGAAUCCCAUAGAUGUUAAUAUGAGAAGUGGCUAUGGAGCUACAGCUUUAAAUAUGAAACGUGACCCUUUACACAUUAAAACCAAAGGAGAAGAAUUUCCCCUGACCCUGGGUCGGGAUGUGUCUGGUGUAAUAAUGGAAUGUGGACUUGAUGUGAAGUAUUUCAAACCUGGAGAUGAGGUCUGGGCCGCGGUGCCUCCCUGGAAACAAGGCACCCUCUCAGAGUUUGUUGUCGUCAGUGGGAAUGAGGUCUCCUUCAAGCCCAGAUCACUCACGCACACUCAAGCUGCCUCUUUGCCAUAUGUUGCUCUCACAGCCUGGUCUGCCAUCAACAAAAUUGGUGGCCUGGAUGACAAGAAUUGCUCUGGAAAACGUAUUUUAAUCUUGGGGGCUUCCGGAGGAGUUGGUACCUUUGCUAUUCAGGUACUAAAAGCAUGGAAGGCUCAUGUGACAGCAGUUUGCUCUCAGGACGCCAGUGAACUUGUAAGGAAGCUUGGGGCAGAUGAUGUAAUUGACUAUAGAUCCGGAAAUAUGGAAGAACAGUUGAGCUCUUUACAACCGUUUGAUUUCAUCCUCGAUAAUGUUGGAGGGUCCACUGAGACAUGGGCUCUAAAGUUUCUCAAGAAAUGGUCAGGGGCCACAUAUGUGACACUGGUGACUCCUUUCCUCCUGAACAUGGACCGACUGGGCAUAGCGGACGGCAUGCUGCAGACAGGAGUCACCAUGGGCUCGAAGGCAUUAAAGCAUUUCUGCCAAGGAGUCCAUUAUCGCUGGGCUUUUUUCAUGGCCAGUGGACCAUAUCUCGAUGACAUCGCGAAGCUUGUGGAUGAGGGGAAGAUCCAGCCGGUUAUCGAGAAAACCUUUCCUUUUUCUCAAGUUCCAGAAGCCUUCCUGAAGGUGGAGAGAGGCCACGCGCGCGGGAAGACGGUGAUUAAUGUCGUAUGAAUAAACGCUAGAUGGUUGGCGAGUACCUUGUAGAUGCAGACUUCUUACCUGGGCUCGCCCUUUCCGGAUUAGCCCGUAAAUGACCAUAUAAA